CCCCAAUGCGCUGCGCCGGGAGCCGGGGCCGAGUCGCCGCCGCAGCUGCAGGGGCGCCCGGGCCGGGUGACGACGCCGCCGCGUGCGCCCCUCCCAGGCCCUGCCGGCCGCAUGGAGCCCCCGGAGGGCGCCAGCCCGGGAGGUGAGUGCGGCCCCAGCCCCCGGGAGCCCACGAGCUGCGCCUUCCCCGCAGCGGCCCGCAGCCCCUUCCCCCUGGGCCCACACAUCGGCCACGCCCCGGGGCCGUGAAGACCCACCGGCAGCUCCGAGUCCCCCUGCGCCGGGCCGAAGCGGGGGGAGCCUAGUGCGCCGCGCCCGGGAAGACGAGCGGGGGCACCGCCCGGAACGGCCCCGGCGCUGGGCGGGGGGCGCACGGACCGCGUCCCCGCCCCCUCGUCCUCCGCGCUCCCGACCCGGGCAGCGGUGUCUGGCGCGCUCCUGAGUGGCUGGCCCAGAGCUUGGUCCUGAGCCCCCUCCCAGCGGAGCCGGGGAUCUGGAAGAUGGGGCGUGCCAGGGCCAGAGUCGGGAUCCAGGGGUAGUUAAGGAGGUCGAGGUGCCAAGGGCGGCCCUGGGCACCCCCGUUCCUGGGACGGGGACCAGCAACCACUCACCUGUGGCCGAGGAGGAGGUGGGCGUCCCAGUACCGGCACCGGGUCUCUUGCAGGUCACGGAGAGGCGGCGUAAGUACAGCCCACCUGUCCCAGCGUGCUCCCUGGGACCAGGGGCGGGUCCCUGGGCCUCGGGUGCGCCCCAGGGAGCAGGUGCCAGGGAUGGGUCAGCCCCACCUUGUUCCCACCGCACUGGCCUUCACCUGGCCCCGCUGACACACCCCUCUGCCCCCAGAGCCCCUGAGCAGCGUCUCGUCCCUGGAGGUGCACUUCGACCUCCUGGACCUCACCGAGCUGACUGACAUGUCCGACCAGGAGCUGGCCGAGGUCUUCGCCGACUCGGAUGACGAGAACCUGGCCAGCGACUCGCCCGCAGGCCUACACCCGCUGCCCAGGGCCGGCUGUCUGCGCUCCCCCUCCUGGACACGCACCAGGGCCGAGCAGAACCGUGAGAAGCAGCCCUUUGGUGACCCCGAGCGGCAGCCUGCCGUUGUGGACACGUUUCUCACCGUGGAGAGGCCCAAGGAGGACUAGGCCGGCUGGCCCGGGGCCGAGGCGGGGCAGGUCCGGGCGGCCGUGGCCCCGUGGACGCUGCCCGCCCCACGUGGCGCCUCUGCAUAAGCACAGCCCAGUGGCCUUACGUCCAGCUCUUCCUGGUCGCUGGAUCAGGAACCAGGCCCAGGGAUGAGACGAGACUUCUGUCUGUAGGAAUGGUAUUCUUGUCUGUCACCAGACUCCCGGCUAGGGGUGCGGUGAGCAGGGAUCUGCCCGUGAGAGGCGCUCUGCAACCCCCCGGGGGUCUCGGGGCUCCAGUCUUGAACGGCAGUGCCAAGCUCCAGCCCGCGGGACACCCUGCUGCCCUAACCGCCUUGAUUCCAACCCUGCGCCCCUCCUGCCGCCCAGGAAGUGUCAGCACCAGAGCCCCCAGACCCUAACACCCUGCUUGUCGUGAGCCCUGCCUGAGAGCCAGACCCACCUCCUGAGCUCGGAACACCAAAUAUGUCACGACUGCCUCAGACCGCCGGGCAGGGCAGGGGCAGGCGAGGUUCGCCCUCCCCCGGUCCUUGCAAUGACAGUCCCCACGGCCCACCAGACACACGCACGCACACGCGUGCAGCAGCCCGAGGGGCGUGGGGACGUGAAGGGACCUGGGCACAGCGCCUGGCCCCCAAUUCCGGGGUGCCAGACUCGGCUGCUCCGGACGCUGCUUACAUACUAAGGGACGGAACCGGCUUCCAGUCAGACAGCGAGUCCAAGAACAGUUUUAAAAUAAACGUGUAAGCUUGCUUUUAGUCCCCAAGGCCACCUGCCCUGACCCCUUCUCCACUGAAACAUUUCUGGGGAAGGAAAACAGGCCUGGGCACAUGCUGGGCCCACGGGGCGUGGCUACAGCACGUCCCGCCAGGAAAAGGGUCGCCCUAUGCGCCAGGAGGGGCACGUGAGGGGCAGCAACAGGGAGGUGUCUUCCAGACACAACCAAGAAUUUCACUUAAAAGGGAUCCCGUGAGGGCAGCCGUGCCCCCCCGCCCCCCAGUCUUCCCCCGGGCCGAGUUCCCAUCCUUCUCGCUAUGGCUUCUGCAGAUCUCAUUUCCAAACAGCAGGAUUAAAACGGCACCCUGUCCCAA